AUGGCUCUGCGGGCCGGGCCACCACCCCGGGCACCAGGGGUGGGUGGCGGGGGCGGCCCCUGCGGGGAGGGGGCCCGACCGCACUGCAGUGUGGGGGCCGCGGGGGAGCUGGGGCAGUGCAGCGUGGCGGGGGGUGGGGGCGGGGGCCGCCGGGCUCAGGCUGAAGUCUGGGGGUGCAGAAGGAAGAGGCCAGAGGAAGCCACUCCCCCACCGCCCCCCUUCCCAAGCCUGCUGGGUUUAAUGACCCUUCCGGGUCGCUGGGUGGGGGGAGGGGAGCAGGACCAGGGCUCCACGUUGGGGCCGGUGGAGGGGGCUGGGGAGGGUCGCGGGGAACUGUCCCCCCCGCCGCCGCGCGCCCUCCCCUCCGGGGGGUCCCGCACAAACACCCAAUUCCGAAGAAUAAAACCGCGGGGUGCAGCCCCUCGCGCGCGCACGGAGCCCAUUUCCUUCCGCCGGGGGAGCGCGCACCCGCGACCCCCGGUGCGCCCCAUCCCAGACCCCCCACCCACGUCUCUGCCUAACUUCGGGGACCCCCCACCCCAGUGGGGUUCCCAGGGCGCACUGGCGCCCAGCCCGGGGCCGGAACCCGCGCGGUGCGAGGGCAGCCUGACCCCCACCCCGCCCAAGCCUUACCGCGCAGGUCGGCUCGGGGGUCGCAUGUCCCCUGCCCGGCCCCGCCUGGCCUCCCCGGCGCUGGCUCCGGGCCGCCCAGCCCGCCGGGGUCGUGCCGCGCGCCGACUCACCGAGCCGCCCGCCGCGUCCGCGUCUACACCCCCAUCCGCCGGAUUGGCCUCCGGCCCCAGGACCAUGUGUAGCCUAAUGGUAGCAGGUGGCUGUGGAGCCUCCACCUUGAGGCUGUUAAACACCCAACCGCAGCUGACCCCCAUCCCUGAGGGCGGGGCGCGAGACAUCUGCAGUUUAGAGACUCUCCCUGAGGCCCAGAUAUUUAUUCAGCCCUACUGUGUGCGGGGCCCUGGGGUCACACCGGGGAGCAAGUCAGACAUGUCUCCAGCAGCUAUAGUACAAGGUGAGCACACCCAUGAUGCUGGGCAGCCCUGGGCAGGCCCAGAGGAUGCACCUGACCGAGACUGGAGGAAUCCAGGAGGACUUCCUGCAGGAGGAGGCGACUGA